CCUACUGAAGCCAGAAAGAGCUGAUAAACCCAAGAGAACUUUUUCCUUCCACUAUGUGUUGAGAGAAGCACAGGCAAUAUGGACUAUAUUCAGGGAAGAUGUGGCAAGUCAAAGCUAGAAGAAAGAAAAAGUGAACAAAAUAUUUACACGGAUAGAAAGAGAUACGAGGCAGGAAAUAGUGAGAAUGUUUUAAAGCAGUGCGAGCAGUUUAGGGAAGGUUAUUAGUAACCAGUAGAGAGAAGUAGAGAAAGAAAGUAAAUUUGUGAAGAAGGUUAGAACAGAAACAUAAGAUAAAGUGACAGCAGGGGAUGUGCAGGAGGAGUUCAUAGGAGAAGUAGAGCCUGGAACUGGAGAUAAAGAAACCAAACUAGUUAGUUGGACAAUAGAACAUAUGGGUAAGAUGUAUAAAAGCCACACAUAGAAUAGUGGUUAGUGAAGACAAACUACAUCAGCUAAAGAAAAUCAGGAACAGAUAAACUGCAAAGGAUAAUGAGAAUUAACUGGCGAUACUAUUGGUAUUGCCCAAUUGAAGCAUCAAUAUGACCAGCACCUUGUGGAUGUACAACUAUUAAGACAUUCAACUUCUUGAGCAAACACUUUUGGAUUAUAUACAGUUUUCUGCUCCGAGGGAUGAAUGUGAGAAUUAAAUGAUCAACCCUUAGCCGAGGUGAGAACAUUUUUUUUUUUCUUAUUGCUUUCUUUUCUCAUUGUUAUAAGUAUGGGAAAGUUUUGAGGUUUAUUAUUUUAUCAUCUUGUUUCCUUGGUGGAAUAUAUUUUGCACUCCAAUUAUUUUUAUAGCUUAAAAGUAUACCAUCUAGCCAAACAUAGAAUAACUGAGACUUAAGGGAGUUAAUAGCUCAACGGAUGGUAUAAUGGGUAAAAAAAAUUUACAUUAAAAUGAAUUUUUAUAAGGACAUGUAUUUAGUUUUUAAUCGUUAAAAAAAAAAAAAAACAAUAAUAUAGACGAUAAUGCCUAGUUUUGGGGUUGAAAACUAUAUACAAUUUACAGUGGUACUACAUGUACCCUUAUCAGCCACUUGGUAUGUUCCUGGCUCUUAAAUAUGUUUUAAAGUAUAUUUGUGGCUGGCAGUUUUUAUGAAUUUCUGCUAAGUGAUUGUAUUUAGUUACCACUGGCAUAGGUUAUACCAGUGUUUUCCCAAGAAGUCAGAGAAUUCUAAAAAAAAUCAGCAGUUUAGGGCCAGGGUUGAAAGUUUGCUAAAAGACAAGUAAAAUAAAAUGCACGUUGAUAAGAGAACAUCAUAACUCUAUAUUCAAAAAUAGUUAAGGCAAAGCUGUUUGCCUCAUAGGAGCUACUUACAUUUAGCAAGUUUUAAGGGAUAGGUGGUCUUAGAAAUAGAAGUUUGGAGCACCUGCCUUCAAGGUACAAAUAAUGUAACCAAGUUCCCCCUAAUCUUACAUUACCAGUAUAUUUUUUUUAAACUGAGCCUUUUUGGUGGCAUUGGUUUAAUGACACAGCUGUCAUAAGUUUUAAAUGUGUAUAUAUAGGCUGGACACCACUGGUUGUAUAGCUAAGACUGGUGACGUGGUGCAUUAAAUAAAAACGUUUUAGUAGAAUAAGGUCAGCAAUAGACCAAAUUAUAUAUUCUCAGUGGCACUACUGACAAUUCAUAAACUGACUGCAGAGGCACGGAAUAGAAUUGAGGAUUCUUGUAGGACGAGGUGUGACUAGCAAAAGACAGCUGAAAUGAAUGACAUGCAAACAUUAUUUUAAAGACAUUCUAGGUAGAGCUUCCUUUGCCUUUCUGCAGGACAUUCUACUAGGUGGUUUAUAUACCAAAUAAGUCAAAAUUGCGGAUUUAUCCUUUCCCAAAUCUGCCACAGUAAAAUAUAUGCAAAAUGCUUGUGACAUAGAAUGUGACGGCAGAUAAGAACCAUUCGGCCAGUCUAGUCUGCCCAAUUUUCUAAAUACUUUCAUUAGUCCUUAGCCGUAUCUUAUAGUUAGGAUAGCCUUAUGCCUAUCCCACGCAUGCUUGAACUCCCUCCCCGUGUUAACCUCUACCACUUCAGCUGGAAGGCUAUUCAAUGCAUCCACUACCCUCUCAGUAAAGUAAUACUUCCUGAUAUUAUUUUUAAACCUUUGCCCCUCUAAUUUAAGACUAUGUCCUCUUGUGGUUGGUUUUCUUUUAAAUAUAGUCUCCUUCUUUACUGUGUUGAUUCCCUUUAUGUAUUUAAAUGUUUCUAUCAUAUCCCCCCUGUCUCGUCUUUCCUCCAAGCUAUUCAUGUUAAGAUCCUUUAACCUUUCCUGGUAAGUUUUAUCCUGCAAUCCAUGAACCAGUUUAGUAGCCCUUCUCUGAACUCUCUCUAAAGUAUCAAUAUCCUUCUGGAGAUACAGUCUACAGGACAGGCAGUUAUUAUAAGUUCUGAAUAUGUAUGUAAACUGAUCUCAAUAUGCCAUAUAAUAGUAAAACAUAAUUAAAAAAUACCAGUACACACUCUUUAACGAUGUAUGUGGUUGAACCAAUCAUUUUAUAUAGAACCACUGCCUGUUAAAAAUGUAUUUAAAUUAAGUCCAUCAUCCGUUGAUUCAGUGUUAUCUCAACAAACCAGUAAUGAAAGUGGUUGCUCUGGGAUGCAACAACAAUCCUGAUCCCCAUAUUUUUGAAACUGUUAUUCCCAAAUAAUUAGUCUUGACAACCAAAGAGGAUUGAUUCUUUUUUCCAGCAAAAUAACUAUCACAACUUUAAAAGUAAUCCAAGAUGGUACCCAAAAGCGGUUUUCUUUUCCCUAAUUUGCAUUUGAAGCCUUGGAAGCUAUCGAAUUAACAUUUCACAAGCAUGGCAGAUGCUAAUUAAACCUGGGGAGAAUGAGACAAAUAUAUAUCACACCGUGGCAGAAAUAUAAAUUUAAAGAUGAAAAUAAUUAGCUAAUCUCAGGGAAAUAAUGUGGUGAGAUAGACACGAGAAGAAAAUACAAGUCACGAUCAAGACUCCGUAUAAUGUCCGUUUCCUGAAACAAUAAUAAUCACUAAUAAGGAUGUAUGGAUGAAUAUACAGAGAGAGCAGAAUCCUAAGUGUGAAACAGAUUACAGUGAAAUAAUGUAUCUAGAACCACAAUGUGGGAAUAAUGUCCCUUAAUUCUCAGUGCAGCAUUGUGUAAGGCAUAGACAUAGCAUAAGCAACCUUUGGCACUCCAGAUGUUUUGGACUACACCUCCCAUAAUGCUUUACCAGCAUUAUGGGUGUAAGAGCAUUAUGGGGGAUGUAGUCUACAACAUCUGGAGUGCUGAAGGUUGCCUAUCCCUGCACUAGGGAAAACUGGAAUGUCCUUGAUUGUGAAAUGUUUAUUGGUGCCAGACAUCGUGAUUUGAGUUUCCCAAAAGCUGCUAAUUUCCUGGGAUUUUCACACACAACACUUUCUAUAAAUUAUAGACAAUCCCAGCAAUGCUGUUGAAGCUCAGUGCGCCGGCAAUUGCUAAACCAGUCACAACCCUAAUUAACGAAUCCUUGCUGUCUGGAUACAACUGGGAGAGUAGUGCCUAUCCAUAAAAGUGGUGGCACGACUUUGGUUUCUAACUAUCGCCCAAUAUCAUUGCUCCCAGUAUUGUCAAAAAUCUUAGAAAAAUGCGUCCAUGCGCAACUAUUUGAGUAUUACCAACAAUCUAACUUUCUGGCCCCUGAUCAAUCGGGUUGUCACCAGAAUCACUCCCUACAACUGCCUUCUUAAAAGUUUACAAUGACAUCCAAACUGGCAUGGAACAAGGAGACCUAACUGAAGCUAUUUUCCUUGAUUUUGCAAAGGCCUUUGACACCGUAGACCAUGGCAUUCUACUGCACAAACUAAAAAAACAUAGGUAUUGGUGAUCGUCCGCUAACCUGUUUUCGAUCAUAUGUAUCGGAUCGAUCACAAUAUGCGUCCAUUUCUGACAGUGACUCUCUCUCACAGUCACAUGUGGUGUUCACCAAGGUUCCACUCUAGGCCCCCUACUCUUUACAUUAUUUAUAAAUGAUCUGCCUAAUGUCUGCAAAUCCGAUCUACAGCAGCUUGAGGCUGUGCUCCAAGACCAGUUCACAGAGGUAGAAAAGUGGAUCGCAAAAAGCAAACUCUUCCUAAACACUGACAAAACUGUCACAAUGAUCUUUGGAACAGUACACAAAUUACAAAAUUCCCAUCUAUGCAUCAAAACAAAAUCAAAUAGCACACUGACCGCAGUCCACUCUUAAUCUAUCUUUUGGCCUCCACAUAGAAAAACUUGCAUCUAAACAUUAUCCAAAACUAGGUGCCCUGUACAGAAACAAAUCCUGCCUGUGCCCUACAGUAAAGGAAAAGAUUGUACGUCAAAUGCUGAUGACAAUCAUUGAUAAUGGGGAUGUAGUAUAUGCACCUGAACCGCAAACCCACUAUAACUCAUUCUGCCGCUUUGUGCUACAAUGUAAUUACAUCACCCACCAUUGUGACAUGCUAAAAGAACUAAACUGGCGUCGCUGGAAUCCAGACGCACCCUUCAUUUUUCCAGCCUUGUGUUUAAGAGCUUUUCUGGGAAGCUCCCACCCUACCUGAGCAGAAUGCUCUCUCUGACUGUUCCAACCUCCUAUAACCUCUGAUCCAGUACCAGCACUUUAUUUUCUCUUCCUUAAUACAAAAAGAAAGUGGCUCGAUCCUCCUUCUCCUACAGAGUGCCGCACUUGUGGAACGACCUCACGCACACUUUCAAAUCUUCCCCAGGCCUAAAAUCCUUUAAGAGAUCCCUCUCUACAUAUCUCAAAACAGAAUGCACCUGUCAUGGUUGAUUAUAUAUUUCUUACCUGUUCUAUGUUAAAUUUUGUAUAUAUUGUGUAUUAGUUGUUUUUCUAUUUUAUUCGUACCCUAUUGUAUCAAUGCAAUGUUUUGUGGACCCAGGACGUACUUGAAAACGAGAGAAAUCUCAAUGUAUCUUUCCUUGUAAAAUAUUUUAUAAAUAAAUACGCAUAACAGCAAACAUGACUUGGUAAUGAGAGAGGUUAGAGAAUGGUCAUACAGUACAAUAGCAUCUCCAACUUGUUAAACUUCAGAAAACUUCAUCAUGUACUAGAAAAAGUGCAGAGGCGGGCUACAAAAUUAAUAAAAGGAAUGGAACAUAUCGGCUAUGAAGAAAGGUUAACAAAUUUAAACCUAUUUAGUUUAGAAAAACGUCGCCUGAGAGGGGAUAUGAUAACAUUAUACAAAUAUAUUCGGGGCCAAUACAAACCAUUGUGUGGAAAUCUAUUCACAAACCGGACUUUACAUAGGACAUGAGGACAUGAGUUUAGACUGGAAGAAAGAAGAUUUCGUCUAAGGCAAAGGAGAGGUUUUUUUACUGUAAGAACAAUCAGGAUGUGGAAUUCUCUGCCUGAGGAAGUGGUUUUAUCAGAGUCCAUACAGAUGUUCAAACGGCUACUAGAUGCAUACUUGCAAGAACAGAAUAUUCAAGGAUAUAAUCUUCCAAUGUAGGGUAAUAACUGCUUGAUCCAAGGAUAAAUCUGACUGCCAUUCUGGGGUCAAGAAGGAAUUUUUUUCCUAGCUUGUUGCAAAAUUGUGCUUCAAACUGGGGUUUUUUGCCUUCUUUUGGAUCAACAGCAAAAAACAAAUGUGAGGUAGGCUGAACUUGAUUGUCGCAAGUCUCUUUUCAGCUAUGUAACUAUGUAACUAUGUCCCGCUACUGUCAGCCAAAAACAGGAAUCUAAGGCUACAAUGGACACAGACACACUAAAUCCUGAUAUAUACAUUUGGUUGUUUGUCAUGGUAGACCUUGCAGUUAUAUAUCCAAAAUCAGUCACAAUGUUAGCGUUCUACCUUGAAUACACGGUACAGCUGUUGGUAUCUGAUUAAAAGUAGGGUAAAAUUGACGAUAUAUCUGCGGAAAAAAUGCUAAAGCUUAAAGUGGCUCUGUUACGUUUUACUGUUUCAUAAAGAUAACUACAUGUAAAUGGAAUCUAUAUGAAAUACUGAUCAAGACUGCGUUGGAAUUUUACUGAAAUUCCAACACAAUGAAAAGAUACCAUUCGGCAAAAUAGGGACUACUUUGUCCCAUAGGCGUCCCAUAGCUGUCUGCUUCCUCUCGCCGCGUGGGCUGUCUACAGUAGCUGGGAGCCGGAAUAUGAUGUCAUAUUCCGGCUCCCGGAAUCAGCGCGCGGCGAAAGGGAGCAGAGAGCAGACAGCUCCCUCGCUGCGGCUGAGCUGGAGAGAGGGGGGGGAUCCAUCACCUCUUGAGGUGAGACAGGGGGCGCUGAGUGCCUGCAGGAACAGCGUUCCUGCUCAAAAAAAGUGCAGGAACGCUGUUCCUGCAGGACUCAAACCAUAGGCGUGCCACGGGGAUUAGGGUGUGCCCAGGCACACCCCGCGUGCACGCCUAUGCUUUGUCUUAUGGUAAAUCUGAGUUUGACAAAUGAUGGGGCUCUGCCAUCAACUUUGGUCUAAUCCCAGCAGCCAUCACAAUUGAUGGCUGUGUGAUUCAAACAUUGAUCUAUAAAGGCUCCUGUAGUCUCUCCAUAGAGCUCAUUGCUGUAGUCUCGCAUAUGCAAUCUGUUUUUGGGGGAUAUUGGUGAAAGACCCCAAAAGUGACAGAUCACUUAUGCGAGACUACAGCAAUGAGUAUUUUUUUUUUACUUUUUAACAAUCUUUUACAUCUUGUUUAAUUUUAAGCUGAUAGGAGGACAAUCUUUUACAUCUUGUUUAAUUUUAAGCUGAUAGAAGGAUGAAAAACUUCUGCUAAUAUGUUGUCAUAACGAAGUACCGUAUAUACUCGAGUAUAAGUCGAGUUUUUCAGCACAUUUUUUGUGCUGAAAAACCCCAACUCGACUUAUACUCGAGUCAAUGUCUGUAUUAUGGCAACUUACAUUGCCAUAAUACAGACAAGGACCGCCGGGCUCAUUACAAGCCCAGCGGUCCUGUUGGGGACUGGCAGAGAGCGGUAACUUACUUUUCCUGCAGCUCCCUUCUCUCCUCCGGUCCGGUCAGCUCCCUUCUCCUCCACUAUAAGUCUCGCAAGAGCCGCAGGGUCAGAGCGUUGCCACGCGUUACCAUGGCAACACUCCACGCGGCACUCACACCGCGAGACUUGCAGUGGAGGAGAAGGGAGCUGCAGGAAAGGUAAGUUACAGCUCUCUGCCAGCCCCCUCCUACACAGCCCAUCCACUGGACCACCAGGGAAUGAGAGCCCCCCACCCUGGCCAGCUAACAAGCAGGGAGGGGUACAAAAAAUUAUAAAUAAACAUUUAAAUAACAAUAAAGAGAAAAAUUUAAUAACAUUAAAAUAAUGCAUCACAUAUACACACUGCAUUCAUACUCGUGUACACACACUGCACUCAUACUCAUAUAUAUAUAUACACACACACUGCAGUCACACACACACACUGUAUUCAUACACACACUGCAUUCAUUAUAUACAUACACUGUAAAUAAAUAUUCAAUUAAUAUAAUUUUUGGGGGAUCUAAUUUUAUUUAGAAAUUUACCAGUAACUGCUGCAUUUCCCACCCUAGUCUUAUACUCGAGUCAAUAACUUUUCCCAGUUUUUUGGGGGUAAAAUCAGGGGUCUCGACUUAUAUUCGGGUCGGUGGUUAACGCUGGGAUGGACUCCCUAUGGUUGACAUUUCAUCAUUCGUUGCUGGUUUUGUCCCUGUUCUCGGACGUCCUCUUGCUAAGUAUCCGGUUGCCCUUCUAGUUCUGGACUGUUCCUGGUUUCCUGUUUGCUGUUUGUGGGUAGCAUCUCCAAAGAAAGAGGAAUUGGGUGGCGAGGUGCUGCCUAUUAUACUGGGACUUGAUAUGGGAGUGACCUAUCACUAUGGUUACCGUUUUUUCUUACUGUUUGUAUUCUUUGCUGCUAUUGGUGGACAGUAAAGAAAGGGAUAUGCAAUACUCGCCUCCGUAUCUUUCAUAAAAUCAUGACUUUUCGUCAUGAAAUAGCAAAAUCAUGUAAUUUUCAGAGAAAAGGCAGUGUUUACAUUACUGCCUAGAGACACCUCCAGUUGCCACUCCUCAGACGGCCUCCUGUUGUGCUUCCUGGGUCAGUGCUGCACUGUAUGCAUGCUGACAUUCAACGUGGAGAUGCUGAACGCUCCCUAUAGAGAUGCAUUGACUCAAUGCAUCUCUAUGAGGAGAUGCUGACCUGCACAGCAUUUUGCCCUGCAUGUGCAUGAGCAUCCCAAUGCUUUCCUAUGACAAAGCAUUGGAUUGGUUGAUGAUCUCAGUCAAUGAGGUGUAGCAUGAGCGAAGACAGUCAUCACUGGAAAAAGAAAAGUAAACUACCUUUUAUAAGGGGGCCUAAAUUGUGUUUUACACCUAUAGUGUCAGGAAUACACAUUUGUAUGGUGUUCCUUUUAGUAUUUGAAACAGGUAGAGUUUAACUUUGGGGUUUCAUUAGCACUAUAGUAAUCAGAAAUAAAAAUCCUGCUUCUUUCUUUUUCAAUGUACUCAAAUCAAGUCUUUAUUUGAACUAGUAGGAGUGAGUUCAUCCAGCUUUUAGACCAAAGGACUUUUAACUGCUCAUCCUUCUCACUGAUAUUUCACUUUUUAGUUGACUCCACUAUAUCACCAACUAUAAACAAAAACAUCCACAUGUUAGAAAUGUCUGUCCUGAAGGUUGGGAGGAAAGGAGAGGAGAAUGCACGUUUUUAACCUUUCACAGGACAGGUAGCAUUGAAAAGAGGAAAGGGCAACUACCCAUUUGAUAAGACUGCUCCUUGUGAUGAGGAAAAUCGUGUUACGUCACAGGUAUACAUACACACACUUAUCGUCGCUCGUAACGUCUCGUGUAACGGCAGGCUAACAGCUGCACGCACACUGUUGUGUGGACAGACAAGCGGAAUGAACUGUACAGAAAGCCGCUGACAAUUCCAGAAUUAGCUUCAUGUUCUCCGAUAAAUGAACUCCACCUUUUAUUUCUAAUCAUGCCUUCUGUAAAGCUAUUUCUGUGCCUUAUGGCGGGGAUGAUUGAUCCAAUGUAACAUUCUCUUUCCCAUUGACUAGGUAACCAUCUAUAGGCCCAAUUACCACACAGAAAAUACACACCUCUGGGAAGGACACUGUAACUAUUAUCUGGGGCCCCACUAAAACAAGUGUCCAGGAGUAUAGAAAUAAAGGGAAAGCUCGGUCUAUUUAUUGCACCAUGAGAGGUCAUACUUAUUACUCUCACCACUGGGCUGGAGUCUUUGACAGUCAUUGCCCAAUGUUGUUCAUUACCAUAGCCCUUUACCCAGGCAGAUGGACAGUUAGAAUAUCCCAUUUUAGUGGCAUUGGCUCUGUUGUUAUGUGAACUGAUACAAAUAGCACCUUCCUGGGGGCGGUUUAUAACAUGCAAUCUGUCCAAUGAUUGUGGCUUUCCUUCUUCUCAGUACCAGCCGAAUCCUGUAUUAUUAUAUUGUUUUAACUCCUCCAAUGUCCAUGGAACACCAACAUAUGGGUAACUGCUCUCCUCGCUGAAUGAUAUAUAUCCAGCAAUCCGUGCUGUUUGACACUCUCGAAUAACUUGCUAAUAGAUUUAGGUAUGAGUUGGAGGACCAGAGAUCCGACUUCUCUAUAUAGCCACCAAUCUGUUGGAAGGAAAAAAAACAGGGUGAGUACCUCCACUUAGUAAUACAACUUUAGUGUCACCAGGUCCAUUGGACAGUAUUUCUCCCUUCUGUUUGACUUGCUCACCUGCUCGUGGUAGCACCCAUACUUUGGAACCUGUCUAUAAGGUAUUGCUUUCCUCCCAUGUCACUAAUACUUUCCGUGGGAUCCAAAUGGAUACCACGCCUAAUACAGUGUGUGUGAAAAUCUGGUCUGGACACCCCCUGGUCAAUGGGAUUUCCCACAAAUCUGAUAACACAUUUACCAUCCCUGUGGUCAACCAUUUAUCAUCUCUUAGCUCCUCUGUUAGGGCGAAGGUCACUUCAGUCCCUUCUGGUAAUAUCCCACCCAUGGGAAGGAUGUAUGUCAUCCAUUCAUCACCCUGUACAAUCUCAACUAGGUUCUGGCUGACCACUUUAAAUUUGUUCUUCCCCACCUGUUGGGGGAAAGAUCCCUUGAACCUUAAUCGAACUGACACAGUUGGUGUCCCUACCUGUCCAGUCAAUCUUUCAUAAGGUGAAAACUGUCCUAUCGGUCUACUAUUUAGUAUCUGCCUGCGUGAUCACCCGGUCCCACCCCUCAAUGUCAUACUUGGGGAUAGCUUCCGAAUCUGUUCUUUUAAAAGCCCAUUGCACCUUUCAAUCAACCCCAAAGCUUGAGGAUGAUAGGGGAUGUGGAAGAUCCACUUAAUCCCUGAGUCAUUUGCCCACUGCUGUACGAGCUGUCCAGUGAAGUGGGUUCCAUUGUCUGUCUGAAUCUCAGAUGGCAGUCCAUAAGCAAUCACAAGAGUCUGUAGUAUCUGAAGUGUUGAGGCCUGGUUUGCAUGUUUGCAGGGUAAUACUUUCAGAAUUCCGGAAAAGGUGUCUACAGCAGUACAACAAUACAUCAGCCCCCCUCUUCCUUUAGGCAUGGGACCAAUGUAGUCCAUCUGCCAGAUCUGUCCGGCUAUUGUUCCUUUAUUUAAAUGUCCACGGGCUUACUUCGUGAGGGGCCAUUUCUUAACCUCGUUGCAGGUCUCGCAUACUUCUUGAGCUUGGACAAUCAUCUGGAGAGUUAUUGGUAGUCCUCGGGCUCGUGCCCACUCUAGCGCAGCUGCUUUUCCUCUAUGACCUGCGGUCUCAUGGGCCCAGUCUGCCAUCCUAAGUAAUACUGGAUCUGGUGUUAUUUUUGCUUCUCGUAUUCGGGUCAAUUAAUCGGCUAUCUUAUUCGCGUUCUCAUCUCCAGUACUGUCUUUCACAUGGGCAUUAACAUGUCCGAGGUGUAUUAAUCUUGAUUGGGCUGUUUUCCAUAUAUUUUCCCAUAAAUCUUCUCCUCCCCAUACUGUCUUGCCAUGUAUUUGCCACCUGUUGUUUCUCCAUGUUGGCAUCCAUGUAACAAAAAGCCUUGUACAAAGCCCAGCUAUCUGUAUAGAUGUAGAGCUCUGGAUCUGUGGUUUCUUCCAUCAGUAUGACUAUGGCAGUCAAUUCAGCAUAUUGACUAGAUCCUCCUAUUCCCUUCUCUUGAAUCACAAUUUGUUGCUGAGGGUUGUAAGCUACUGCAGUCCAAUGUUGUCCUUUGUGGGUCAUGAUUGCAGACCCAUCUGUGAACCAUGCGUUUUUCUUUUGUUCUUCACCCAGUUCUCCGAAUGAAGGAGCUGUCUUUAUGGGUGAGGGCUGUAAAAUUGGGACAUCUUGUACAUUGGGAUGUGAAAGUGUAUCAUAUGUCACUAACCCAGUAAGGAGUUUGGUCAGUUCCUUCACUUCCCCUGCUUGGAUCCCUCCUCUUUCCUGCAGGUACCACUUCCAUUUUAAUAAUGUCUGACUUUGGGCCACUGUUGUCUUUGCAGAUAAUCAUUCAACUCGUACCCAUCCUGCUGUUGGCAAAUCUGUUUUCACUGAUACUAUGCUUUUCUCAGUCAUUGUGUCCACAUGCUGCAGUGCGAGGUAUGCCGCCAGAAGAUUCUUCUCCAAAGGUGUGUACCUUUGCUGAGCCCCAGUCAAUUGCUUGGACCAAAACCCAAUUGGUACUGCCCGCUUGCCUUUGUCUUCGCUCGGUUGCCAUAGUCCCCAUGAUGCUACGUUGUCGUUCAUUAUCACAUCCAAUAUGAACGGAGCUCCAAUUUGAAUUGGGCCCAAGCCCUGAUGCUGUAAUACUGCUUCCUUUGCUGCUUGGAAUGCUGUAGCUUGAUCAAUUCCCCAUACAAAUGCUGAUUUCUUUCUGGUAACAUUCUGGUAACAUUGUAUAUGGGGCGUAGCAGCAAUCCUAGAUGCGGUAUAAAUGCUCUCCAGUAACCAACUGCACCUAAAAACUUUUGGGCUUCUAUUAAUGUUCUGGAGAAUUCUGAAUUGUAUCCAGCACAGGCUGAGGUAUCUUCCGAACAGGCCCAGACCACAUCACUCCUAGGAAUUUAACUUCUUGGGUUGCCCUUGAAUUUUGUCUUUAUUUAUUGCCCAUCCCCGUCCAGUCAUGUAAUUCACUAGAACAGGUAAUGCUUCUUUCACUUCCUCUUUAGAUCCAGAGAUCAUGAUGUCAUCAAUGUAGUGAAAUACUAGAAGCUGUAGAGGUGGCUUAAAUCUCGUGCAACUAGUCAAUGGCAAAUCGUAGGUGAGUGUAUAUAUCCCUGGGGCACAACUUGGAAGGUAUAUUGGCGUCCUUCCCAAGUGAAAGCAAAUUGAUCUUGCGACUCAGGUGCAAUAGGAAUUGAAAAGAACGCAUUAGCUAAAUCUAUUACCGCAUGCCACUCCCCGUCCUGUUUGGCAAUGUUUCCCACAAUGGUGAUAAUAUCAGGGACAGCAGCACUCAAUGGUGGUGCUAGCUUGUUGAGUCCCAGGUAAUCCACAGUCAUUCGCACGGAGGAGGAACAAUGACAGGUGUCCAAUUUGCAUUCCCCCGCACAAUGUCUUUUACUGGUCUGAGAUAGUAUGGCUUAUGAGGGAAUCCAAACGUGAACACCCCCCACUGUGUCUCAAUACUCUGCCCUAGUAACACAUCUAUUCCCAAGAUAUUGUCUGGCAAUUCUGAAAUCAAAACUCUAGCACUGAAUCUUGGUCCUUUGUUAAUUGACAUAGCCACAACAGUUUGUACUGCUUUGGUAAUUCUACCUCCUAAACCUUCUAUUCUCACACAGGGUCCUGAUAGCCUUGAUGGAUUACCAUGCAGUACUGUGACUUCUGCUAAAAUCUUUGUUGGUCCUGGUCUUGUCCCCCACCACACAGUUAAAGGUACAUAAGGGCGUCGGUCCCCGGCGGUUAAAGGGGAGGCCCACCAUUCUGUCAUUGUACUACAGCACUCUCCCAAUCCAUCAAAUCAUGUGUCAUCAGAUCUUUUACAGGAUACAAGGAUCUGACUUUACCAUCACUCUCUGGCAGUGCUUGUUAACUAUAUUUUUUUUCACUGUGCAACAUGACUGUGCUAUAGGCUUAUUCAAUCUAUAUACACAUUCAAAUAUUCUAUAUUUAGUGAUUGUGCAGUAUCCCGUUCACAGCGCCAGUUGAAAUGGUAAAUUAAGUAAUUUCUUUAUAUUUAUGAAGUUCUGAAUUUCAUAAAUAUGAAAUAAUACCACACAUAAAAUAAUAAAAGGUAUACUGGUCAAUCACAUAAAUAUUAGUGAAUAUCUUGAAUGAACAGACAAGAGGCAAAGUUUUGAUGAAAGUAUAAACAAAACUUUACUGGGAAUACAAUUAUCAAGCACACAAAAAAAACAAAUACUUUAAAAAACACACACUGCUAUAAACAAUACAUUCAGGUAAGAAAUCUACUUAGCUCUAUUCAUGGAGAUUCAGCAGCUUACACAGGAUAAUUGAAUCAGCAUAACACACAGAACAAUGAGGUGAGUUCCUUGCCAGAUGUUAAAUGGAUUUACAUGGGCACCUCUAAAGAAACCUGGCUUCUUCCGACCCAGUCAUGAAACUGCUCUCUAGUUUCUGGUAACCCCUUAAAAUAACCACCCAUAGAGGUAACAUAACCAAUACCUAAUGGUCAUCUCUAGGAGGCGGAUACUACAUGUGGUCAUUUGUGAAAGGAAGUGACUUAAGAAUUCUCAAUACCUUCCUAAAGCACAUGUCUCAUUGACUAUGCAGCAGCCAUCUUUAUUCAGUCGACGUCACAAUGCUUACUAGGCCACCUAUAGGUCACUUCCUCCCUAAAGCACAUGUCUCAUUAAAUAUACAGCAGCCAUCUUUUUGCUCUUAAUGUCACAUAGCUCACUACACCCCCUAUAGGUAUCAUAAGUUAUUGCACAUGAAUGGGAACACAAUAAUAGAACAUUUAUCAUUGCCCAUAACCAAUACAUGCUGUCUAAUAAGUAUAUUGUUUUGUGUAAUGUUUAUGUAUACCGAUUUUUAAAACGAUAAAAAAAAAAAAAUUAUGUUCGUAAAUGGUCAUUAUAUGUAAUCUCAUUAUAGAGACUUGGGCAAGAUUCGAUGCACUAACAGCACUCUUUUGUUCAUUCCACAGAAAGGUUCAUUUUAUUUAUUUAUUUUUUAAGUGUUCUUUUUGUUUGUUUGUUUUUAAAUAGAGAUAUCCCCUAACACUUAGUUUAGCCCAAACAAUCAGACUGAAAUACAAAAUACAAAGGAGGGCAGUCCAAAAAUGAAAAAAAAAAAAUCAAACAAAUUAACUUUACAAUGCUUGAACUUUAAUAAGGCAUCAAUAUGUAGACACACACCCCCCCCCCCAACUUCACCUUCCAAUAAUUGUUGUCACUAUUGUACUUUCAUGCAUGCGAGAGAGUACAAAAGAGGAUCUACGUAAACCUAUGCAGCUGAUUCUCCCAUAGAUAUUCUCAUACUUGCAAUGUACAUGAUGUACAUCAUGCCUUUCUACUGUUGUGGCUGAUGGGAAAUGGCAUUUUGCCAAAGAUUGGCAAAUAUAUCAUACAAAAUAGUCCAUAAUUUGUCUCAUAUAUCUAAGUUGUGUUAAAAAAAGAUGUCUCCAUUCAUGUAGUGCAAUACUCUAAAUAUAACUUUCUUUCCAGCCAGUGUUCAUGUUCUUUUAAUUUACUCUUGUAUUGUGGGUUUCCUGACCCUGCUGUAGUUGAUUUGGGACAUCGUAAUUAAGGCCCCUUGUUCAUAGUCCUGAGAUGUGAUCCCCAGCUCCAUGAAGGCAGGUACCCCAUAAACUGCCCAAAUCCUACAUCUUCCUAAACCUAGACUUUCUGGAUCAGUGCUGCACCCCAUGUGUUCUUGCAGUGGUAAUAGUUCCGGAGAACUAUUAUUGCAUUAUCCUACUUAUUGCGUUAUCCUCUCUCUUAGAGACUUCUUAAACUUGACUUUAAGAUUUUUUUUAAACUGAACCAAAAGAUAUUGCACUUAUAAAAUAAUAUGUGAACAUAUUAAUGAUGUGCAUGUCUCCUGAUAUGUUGUCUUAUCUACUCAGUACAGUGGAUGAGAAGGAAGGAAAGAGGUUUAGACAGAAGAGGAAAAGAGAACAUAUGGUAGAUCUAGUAAUGAAAUUAUAUAUAUAUAUAUAAAGUGACAUAGGACAAAGAUAAUGCAGAAAAAGACAUGACAGGGUUGAGUCUAUGAGUCUACUGCUUGCAAUGUAUAUGGUAAUAGAUACAGAAAUAUUUUAUAUGAACAAUCAAAAAAUAAACUGUGAAGUGUAAAAUAUCUAGUGACGUAUGUCCCACUGCCAUACCAUACAUCGUACACUGGACUGAGAAAUAGUUUAGGGCUCAUCAAUUACUCUAAGCUUGUUGUGGAAUUGCCCAUUUUAAUGAUCUCCCUGCCCUUUCUUAGUACAAAGGAUAUUUCAACUUUUCCUCUAGGACACUGGUUCUCAACCUGUUGAAUUUGUACUACUGGGGUAUGCGCACCACAAGCAGGUGGUAUGCCAGGAGGCAGCCGGCUGUGCACUAAGGCUUACUCUGAUGACAGGUGCCUACUCUGCCUAAAUAUGCUGUGUCUGGAGGAAAGAAUGAAGAUGGGCGGUGAGGGAGCGCUGAUGCCCAUGCUCUUCCAUGACUGCACAAAGAUGAUAGCAGCCACACUAGAGCUCUCCCAAAAGUAGGGAGUGGGGUGGACUUAAAUAAAAAAAAUAAUUGUGUGUGUAUGAGAGAAUGAGUAUGUUUGUGUGUGUUAAAUCAGUGUCAGUGAGUGUGUGUAUAUUAGUGUCCUCUGUGCGUAACUAUGAAGUGUGUAUUAUAUUUUCAUUUUGUGACUUUUAGACUUCAAAUUAAUAUUUCAUACACUCUUUCUUACAUACACAGUAUUUACAAUUAGUGAUGUCCCGAACGGUUCGCCGCGGACUCAUCAUUAAGUAAACUUUGACCCUGUACCUCACAGUCAUCAGACACAUUCCAGCCAAUCAGCAGCAGACCCUCCCUCCCAGACCCUCCCACCUCCUGGACAGCAUCCAUUUACAUUCAUUGUGAAGCUGCAUUCUUAGUGAGCUGUCCAGGAGGUGGUAGGGUCUGGGAGGGAAGAUCUGCUUCUGAUUGGCUGGAAUGUGUCUGCUGACUGUGAGGUACAGGGUCAAAGUUUACUCAAUGAUGACUCCGCGGCGAACCGUUCGGGACAUCACUAUUUACAAUAUGUCGUAUAUAUUGUAAAAAAUAUUCUUUACUACUUGUAAUCAGGCUUGUUCUCCAAUAUAGGAUGAACUUAAAUAUCAGUGUAUACACGUUUUAUUUGGAAUUUAAAUCAAUAGAAAUUACUUGCUCAAGGCAGGGGUACUUAGGAUUUUUUUUAGACCUACAUGGCUACUUCUUUAAAAAAAGGAACACUACUCUAUGAGAGACCCUAUAUUUUAGACUUUUUUUAGAAGAUGGGAUAAGGUGGAAGAGUAAUAUGCAUUUGUUCUUGGAUAAUAUUAUUUUACACAAAGAAUAAUAAUACCAUUAAUAAGCAGUGUACUGAAUACAGUAUAUAUAUGUAUCUUGUGGUGACUGCACCUGUCUUUUGGAUCAAAAUCAGGAUUGGACCCGUAAUUGGGAUAGUUAUGCCAAAAACAAGAAAUUAAGGUGGCAUGUAAUAUUGACAGGGACUUCACAGUAAAAAUGUUUGCAUUAUUUCUGCACCAUAAAACCUUACAUUUCAGUAUAAUAAAAUCAUGCUACACUCCAACAGUUUACAGUGGACAUUUCCCUUGCUAACCAAGUUGUUUUUUUUUUAUUUCCAAUAACAUCAUCUCACAGCCCUAAGCAAGAUCAGAGGGGUCCCUAGACAGUGGAAAGACCCUCUGUUUGUUUAUAUCAAAACACUACUAAUCAACUUGAUAUUAGAUCGAGAAAUAACGCCAGGGACCUCUAGGCUGCAUUUUCCUUUACAGCAAGCUGUUUCAUUGCUUAGAUGUCCUUUUAAAGGGACAAGCAUCACUUGACAUUUUUUUUAUUUUUUUAAACAUGCAAGUAAAAUUUUUUAAACAAAUAUCCAAAUCAAAAUAAAGCCAAAAAAACUUUGAAAAGCUUGUAACGCUUAUAAACAUAAUGUUAACUUUGUCAGAUUGCAUUGUUGGACAUACCUCUUAGCUAGAGAAGAUUCUUCAGCCCCACUUCCCUCUCCCUCUUACACAUCCUUCUCAGUUUCAGACUAGUCCACUAAUGCCAAAAACAGAGCAUCAUUGUGCAGCAGCAGGAGAGAGAAACCCGACAACGGAGCCUGCUCUGCAUGAAUCACACUGAUCUUCUCCCCAUGUCAGGAUGUUACAAGGAUCGUCCAACUGGUACAUGUGUAGAUUUGUCAGGCAUGCCCAAUGCACCUUUCCAGUAUUCCUAGAGAUAUUACACUGAUUGGUUAGAUCAGAAUCGCCCUGGAGUGGAUGUGAAAAGCAUAAGAAAGAAAAAGCAGAUAAAUAUGAAAAAUAUAUAUGUACCUACUUUUUUCAGCUCAGGAACACAAACAUGUAUUCCGGACCCCAUAGUGUUAAAACCGCCACUUAGCUCCCUGGUCCCCCCCCCCCUCUUACCUUAGCAAAACCUUACCUUUACUCCAGCCUGCUGCUGCUGACUCUGACCCUGAUCUGCCUGCUUGGCUAACAUCAUAAGAAGUUGUGUUCUGAGCCUUAGUUCUAAGCCAAUCACAAUGCUUGUCCAUAGGAUUGGCUGAGAUUGUCAAGGAUACAGAUCAGGGGCAGAGCCAGCAGAAGCCAAACACAGCCUUAGCCAAUCAGCAUAUCGUCAUAGAGAUACAUUAAACCAAUGCAUCUCUAUGAGGAAAGUUCAGUGUCUGCAUGCAGAGGGUGGAGACACUGAAUGACAGUGGUGCACACUGUGCAGCACUGCCCCAGGAAGCACCUCUAGCAGCCAUCUGAGGAGUGACCAGUGGAGGUAUCCCUAGACUGUAAUGUAGACAUUGCCUUUUCUCUGAAAAGACUAUGUUUACUGCAAAAACCCUGAAGGGAAUUAUACUCACUAGAACAAAUACAAUAAGCUGUAGUUGUUCUGGUAACUAGUGUCCUUUUAAGCUGCUGCACAAGUAGGUGUAAGCAACAGAUUUCUUCUUGAUGUGCACAAGUCAAGAGCCUCUCAUUUUGGUCUUUGUGGUCAGUUUAUCCCACAAACUCUGUAAUGAGUGGGGUCAUGUAGUUGAACCUCCAGCCACAGUCCCACAUAUCACAUGAUAAUGAUUUACCUGGUGAAUGAGUUAACAAUAACCACUGACCUCUAAAGCAUGUUCGUGUUUCACCAGUGAAGAAGACAGGUGUGUGUCCUAGUUGUAUGGAUGCACCACGUACAAGUUGGACAGAUCUCAAAAAGUAGAAGUUAACAUUGCUCCUCUGACUAUUGCGAGCCAGGGAGCAGGGUUAUUGCUGCAGUAAUUCUUGGAAAUCACUACAUACUAUGCAAUUUGCAGAUUGGUUAUUAGGGUGCUGCGUAUUCUCUUUACAAUAACCUUGCGCUUGAACUACUACUUUAUCAUCUCAUAGUCCUAUUAACCUUAUUCUUCUACUAGAAUAUUAUUCUCACAGUUGGAGAAGAGGUUGCUGUACGUGCAAAUGAAAAAUUGGUGUCUUCUCAAUUUCCUUCAAACGUAUGUUGCCACUACCAUUGCAAAAAAGAAAACUAGGCCCUUAAACCCAUAAUCAUUACAUAGACAACCUCAUAAUGACAGAGGUAAUGCUAAUACUGUCUAACUUUAGCUUAUUACUCGACCCCUUUAAUAUUUCUCUCUCGAAUUACGUUUAUCUGUUUGGUUUCAGGUACCAAGUGACAAAUAAGGAUUUGGAUACGCAUCUGUAAGCCUGCCACCAUACAGAACUAUGUCCCCAUGUCCUCCAAGAGUAAAGAACGGUAACACAUUCUUUCCAAACUUAAUGGGGGAUCAAAGUGUCCAAGGUGACAUGGAUCUUGCUUGGCAGGAGAUCCUCUCCAUUACAGAACUACAGGUCAGUAUACUGCUCAUUUCUCUACCUCCUCAUUGCAUAAUAGCUUGGCAGUAUUUCAAUGUUAACAUGUAUUCCGGUGUUUUAUUGCAUCACUUGUACAUUUCAUUCUUGUUUGCUAUACAUUUCAGUGCUACUUCCUUUUAAUACCAACUGCAUAAAAAAAAGAAAGAAAGAAAAACAAGCAACUAGUGUGUGUGUUCUAUAUAUACACUUAUCCGUCAAUUUACUUGUCUUUGUUAACCCCUUAGGGACACAGCUUCAAAAGCUUGUCUUGAACUUAAUGACACAAGCAAUUUUUGCAUUUUUUUUGUUGUUUGCGUUCAACUGCAAUUUGCAUUUUACUAAUUUAUUGCACCAACACAUAUUAUGUACCGUUUUUUAAAAGGACAGAAAGGGCUUUAAUUUGAUAUAACAUAUAUAUAUAUAUAUAUAUAUAUAUGCUUAUUAUUAAAAAGAAAAAUAGAAAAAUGCAAAAAAAUAAGUUCUUGCAAUAAUAAUGUGUGCAUAAUUAGUGCAGGUUAAGGAAAGUAAUUCAAAAUAAAUUAAUUUAGUUCUGAUUUACAGAAUAUAUAAUGCGUCUAGGAUUUUACGUUUUUUUGUUGUUGUUUUUUGGUAGUUACAGGUCACAAAGAACAAGGAGUAAAAUAAACUUAUAAUGUGGAACGAUUUUAGAAGUUGGUAUGUUUGUCUUGUAAGCUUAAUAGCCAUAAAAGAAAACAAAAUUGCCACACAAAAGUAUAUAUUUAUAUAAAGUAGACAUCACAGGCUAUUUACCUAAGGUUAUUUUGACACUUUUUACGUAGCCAUUUCACUGCCAAUCUUUGCUAAAUAUUGGAGUAACAUUGUGUUUUUUUUUGGUUUUUGACACAAACUUAUAACAAAGAACUCCUCAUGAGUAUUUUGUAAAGUUGGUGUGUGUUAUUCCUGGACAAAACCUUAUUUUGUGUUCAGCUACAUCUGCUGAGUACAAUACCCCCAUUGUAUGUCUUUGGAGACCUGUCCAUUUCAGUAUUUACAGUAGACUCUCAUAUGGUGCAUAUUGUGCCUUAACAUGCCCCCAUUUUUUCACCAAUAUAUAUCAGUUUGUGGUAAAAAAAUAAUUUUUGUCUUUUUUUUUUUUUUUACAUUCGUAUUACAUUAUUGCUGGGCAUUUUGUAUAUUUAAUAUGUGCCACUAUGAUCAAAGCGCCAAAAUUAUGCUCAGCUAAAUCUUCUGAGUAAAAUGAUACCCCCAAUAAAUGUCUUUGGCACUAUUUCGUGAAGCUACAUUGCCAUAUAGGAGACCUGUCCAUUUCAGUAUUUACAGUAGAAUUUUGAGAGACAAAUUUGAUGGGUCUAUGUUUCAAUUUGGGGUAUUAUAGCAGUUUGACGGUUCAAAAAAACCCACAAAGGCCUACCAUCCAUUUGAAAAAGUAGACACUCCAGGGCAUUUCCUAUGGUGCAUAUUGGGCCUUAACCUACCCCCAUUUUUCACCAGUAUAUGUCAAAGUAUGUGGUAAAAAAUAAUUUGGGGCAUUUUUUACAUAUGGAUUAAAUUUUUGCUGGGCAUUUUGUAUAUUUGAUAUGUGCCAAUAAGAUCAAAGCCCCAAAAUUAUGCUCAGCUAAGUCUUCUGAGUAAAAUGAUACCACCAAUGAAUGUCUUUGGCACUAUUUUGUAAAGUUACAGUGCCAUAUAGGAGACCUGUCCAUUUCAGUAUUUACAGUAGAAUUUUGAGACGGAUUUGAUGGGUCUAUGUUUUAAUUUGUGGCAUUAUAGCAGUUUGACUGUUAAAAAAAAAACAACAACAACAAAGGCCUACUAUUUCUUAAAGUAGACGCCCCAGGGUAUUUCAAAAGGUAUGUUUUAAACAUUAGCGUAGGGUCAUUUUUAUGCAAGUUUGUACCAAGUCUAGAAGCAAUUAGCAUUUUUCUGCCUUUUUGACAUACACUUGGAGAUGUUACUGUAUAUUUUGCGAUCCUUAUGUGUGCUACGGCAGUAUAACACCUAAUAUGUGGCUCAGGUAUGUAAUGUUAGUACAACAAUUUUCCCAUGUGUACCUUUUUCAGGGAUAUUUGGAUGUUGAAGGGGCACAUUUGAGGCACACCAAUUUCAUAUCUUUCAAAAGUGGAUGAUGGGCCCAAGUCUCAUUUUAGCAGCUAAGUAUUGCAAAUUACCUCUCAAAGGCCACAUCUAUUUUUAAAUAUAAGCAGCUCAUCAAUUCAAAUUAUGAACAAGUGCAUACCAUUUGCUGUGAAAGGGGGAAUAUUUGGCGUAAACUUAUCAGGGGGUAGUACCCAGUCAUCUGCGUCCCCGGCACAGCUGUCACGGAUUCCAAAACCAGAACACAGAGAGAACACAAAGAGAGAAACACGUAAUACCGGUCCUUAGCAUGGCCGAGCUAUACAAGCAGAGAAUAGUCAAGGUACAAUCAGAGGUCAAAGGAGUAAAGCGAAACAGAACAACAAAAGGACAAGCCGAGGUCAAGGAUCAGAACAGACAGGAUAAACGGGAGACAAAGCCAAGAUUCGUUAACCAAUCAGACAUAUGACUAAAAUCACACCCCAAAACCAGUAUACUUAUUGGGCCUGGGUGUGUAAAAUUUUAAAACAGUGGCCAAUACAUAGGCCGGGCUGAGAGGGGCAAUCAGGGCAGUAAUAACUGGUCUCAGCUCUUACGCCCCUCUUGUAUCAUACCCUGCACCUUUUCUGGGGGGUUUUCUUUUUGGGGAUUGAUGGAAUCCUGAAGCAUAAGUGACCUGCCUUCAUUCUCCUGCUAGGCUCCACUGAUGGCCCACCUCUCUGGCACUCAAGCAACCCAGAGAUUAGCUGAAACUAAAAUGAUAGAAACGUGCAUUUCAGCUCAGCAUUUGCCUUUUUAAAAAUUAUAAAGGCAUUGUGGAUUGCCAUCUGCAUUAUAUAUAUAUAUAUAUAUAUAUAUAUAUACACACACCCACUUUUUUAUGCCAUGUCCUGGUCUUUCGCAUGAUCAAAUACGGCUGCAUCAGUUGAUUGGACAGGUCAACUACCCCAUAUGCCGAUUGUAAUGCUUUAAGCAGACUGGCACCCGUUUAAAUUCCUCUCUGCCACGUACUGCGACCCUGCGAGUGCUUUCACCAUGGAUGGUGGUCAGGAUGAAAACCUCUUUUUUUUAUCACGGUAGUUGAGUGCCAGCAGUUCAUUCUGACAGAGAGCUGCUGUUUCCCCCCUUUUUAUUUUUUUCCCGCUAGUGCCUUUGGGAAACGUGCAACUCUUCUGAAUAGUGCCACAGGCCACGGUCUCGAAGCAGUACAGCAUUUUUAAAAGUGGGAUACUAUUAUAAAAAUUAUCAAUAUACAAGUGAUAUCCCUUGUUUAGUAAUGGCGUUAUUAAGUCCAAGACAAUAUUCCCACUUGUCCCUACUAUAUCUGGCCAACCUCGGGCAUCAAGGUGGCUAUCCCUUCAUUCGUAUACAUGAAAGGUGAACACCUAGCCACUGCCACUUUCACACAAUUUAUAAAAUCUGAUCCCAUAUCGGGAUCUUUUGGAUGGGAUAUACUAUUUAAACCCCAGUCUUCCCUCAAACUUCAUUAGGGAUUCAUCAAUAGAAAUGUUUUUUUUUUAAGGUAUAAAAAGUGGCAAAUUUUUCAAUAAAGUGAGCAAUUAGAGGGCGUAUUUUAUAUAGAUCAUUCUGCGGAUUACCUUUUGGGGGGCACUUUGUAUUGUCACUAAAGUGCAUAAAUCACAGUAUGUCUUCAUAUCUGUCCCUACUCAUUGUCUGGGGAAAAAUGGAGGUAUUGCAAAUGGGUUUUUAGACCAUUACAUCCAGAGACGGCUCACUAAUUAGUCGAUUUAGGCGGCCGCCUAAGGCCUCGCGCUGUCAGGGGCUUCACGGCCGCCUAAAUCACCAUAGGGCAGAUUGACAUGUCCAUGACCGGGACCAGACACAGGAGGGGGCUCAGUUGCCCUUUAUGUCGCCGGGUGCGAGGCCCCUCCGCUCGGUCUGCCCUGGGGGAGAGCCAGCCUCAGUCUGCAGCUCCGCCGGGUGUGCGCUGAAGACUGAAGUGUCUCCUGAUCUCCAGCCAAUCAGUGUUGCAGCGGGUUACCACGGCAACACUCUGACUGGAGAUUGCGAGAAAUUCACCAUGUGACUAAGUGGCUACUAACAGGGAUGGACUGACAGCCUUUCUUGGCCCCCGGACAAAAUUAGAUCCAGGGCCCUUUGAAGACAAAAUAUUAAAGAAGCACUAUAGUGCCAGGAAAACAAACUCGUUUUUAUGGCACUAUAGGGUCAUUAUGUCCCCCCCUCCCGCUGGGCUGAAGGGAUUAAAACUCCUUCAGCCACUUACCUUUCUCCUGCGCCGGGCUCCCUCGGCUCUGGGGAAUUCUCCUCCCUCUGCUGACCUCAGAUUCGAACGCGCAUUCGCAGCAAGAGCCACGCACGCAUUCAAACCGCCCAUAGGAAAGCAUUACUAAAUGCUUUCCUAUGGACGUCCAGCUUUUCUUCUCACUGUGAUUUUCACAGUAAGAAUCGCGGAAGUGCCUCUAGCGGCUGUCAGUGAGACUGUCACUAGAAGCUGGAUUAACCCUUAGUGAAACAUAGCAGUUUCUCUGAAACUGCUAUGUUUUCAGCUGAAGGGUUAAAACUAGAGGGACCUGGCACCCAGAUCACUUCAUUGAGCUGAAGUGGUCUGGGUGCCUAUAGUGAUCCUUUAAGGACUAAGUAAAUGUUAAAAAUAAUUUUAAAGUAAGUAGUCAAACCGUUUGAGAACAGUUUGACAACUUACCUGGGGUCUGCUGGGACAUGAGGCUGCAGUAGGGCAUAGGAGCAGUGGUGUGUGAGUGGUGCAGUGUGUGUGAAAGGUUCAGUGUGUGGUGGGGCUUUGUAUGUGUGUAUGUGUGUGUGGGGCAAUGUGUGUAUGGGGGGGCAGUGUGUGAAUGUGUAUGGCAUGGGGGCAGUGUGUGUGUGGAGCAAUGUGUGUAUGGGGAGGGCAGUGUGUGGGGGCAAUGUAUGUAUGUGUAUGGUGUGUGCGCUGGCCGUGUGUGUGUGUGUAUAUGUAUGUUGUGGGGUGGGCAGUGUAUGUAGUGUGUGUAUGUGUGUGUGUGUGUGUGUAUAUGGGUGGGCAGUGUGUGUGUAUAUAUGGGUGGGCAGUAUAUGUAUAUAUAUGGGUGGGCAUAUAUGGGUGGGCAGUGUGUGUAUAUAUAUAUAUAUGGGUGGGCAGUGUGUGUGUGUGUAUAUAUGAGUGGGCAGUGUAUGCAGUGUGUGUGUGUAUAUAUAUAUAUGGGUGGGCAGUGUGUGUAUAUCUAUGGGUGGGCAGUGUAUGCAGUGUGUGUAUAUAUGGGUGGGCAGUGUGUGUGUAUGUAUGGUUGGGCAGUGUGUGUGUGUGUAUAUAUGGUUGGGCAGUGUAUGCAGUGUGUGUGUAUGUAUAUAUGGUUGGGCAGUGUAUGCAGUGUGUGUGUAUGUAUGGUUGGGCAGUGUAUGCAGUGUGUGUGUAGAUAUGGGUGGGCAGUGUGUGUGUAUAUAUAUGGGUGGGAAGUGUGUGUAUAUAUAGAUGGGCAGUGUAUGCAGUGUGUGUAUAUAUGGGUGGGCAGUGUGUGUGUGUGUGUGUGUGUAUAUAUGGUUGGGCAGUGUGUGUGUAUGUAUGGUUGGGCAGUGUGUGUGUGUGUGUGUGUGUGUAUAUAUGGUUGGGCAGUGUAUGCAGUGUGUGUGUAUGUAUAUAUGGUUGGGCUGUGUAUGCAGUGUGUGUGUAUGUAUGAUUGGGCAGUGUAUGCAGUGUGUGUGUAGAUAUGGGUGGGCAGUGUGUGUGUAUAUAUGGGUGGGAAGUGUGUGUAUAUAUAGAUGGGCAGUGUAUGCAGUGUGUGUUUGUGUAUCUAUGGGUGGGCAGUGUAUGUAGUGUGUGUGUAUAUAUUGGUGGGCAGUGUAUGCAGUGUGUGUUUGUGUAUCUAUGGGUGGGCAGUGUAUGUAGCGUGUGUGUGUAUAUAUUGGUGGGCAGUGUCUGCAGUGUGUGUGUGUGUAUUUAUGGGUUGAGCAGUGUAUGCAGUGUGUGUGUGUGUAUAUAUAUAUAUAUAUAUAUAUAUAUAUAUAUAUAUAUAUGUGUAUAUAUGGGUGGGGGGCAGUGUGUGCGUGUGUGUGUGUAUAUGGGUGGGCAGUAUAUAUAUAUAUAUGUGGGCAGUGUGUAUAUAUAUAUAUAUAUAUAUAUAUAUAUGGGUGGGGGGCAGUGUGUGUGUAUAUAUGGGUGGGCAGUGUAUGUAUGUGUGUGUAUAUAUAUAUAUAUAUAUAUAUAUAUAUAUAUAGGUGAGCAGUGUAUGUAUAUGGGAGGGGCAGUGUGUGUGUGUAUGUAUGGUUGGGCAGUGUGUGUGUGUGUAUAUAUGGUUGGGCAGUGUGUGUGUGUGUAUAUAUGGUUGGGCAGUGUAUGCAGUGUGUGUGUAUGUAUGUUUGGGCAGUGUGUGUGUGUGUGUAUAUAUGGUUGGGCAGUGUAUGCAGUGUGUGUAUGUAUGGUUGGGCAGUGUGUGUGUAGAUAUGGGUGGGCAGUGUGUGUGCAUAUAUGGGUGGGUAGUGUAUGCAGUGUGUAUAUGUGUGGGCAGUGUAUGCAGUGUGUGUUUGUGUAUCUAUGGGUGGGCAGUGUAUGUAGUGUGUGUGUAUAUAUUGGUGGGCAGUGUAUGCAGUGUGUGUUUGUGUAUCUAUGGGUGGGCAGUGUAUGUAGUGUGUGUGUAUCUAUGGGUGGGCAGUGUGUGUAUUUAUGGGUUGAGCAGUGUAUGCAGUGUGUGUGUAUAUGGGUGGGCAGUAUGUAUAUAUAUAUAUGUGGGCAGUGUGUGUGUAUAUAUAUAUAUAUAUAUAUAUAUAUGGGGGGGCAGUGUAUGUAUGUGUGUAUAUAUAUAUAUAUAUAUAUAGGUGAGCAGUGUAUGUAUAUGGGAGGGGCAGUGUGUGUGUGUGUGUAUAUAUAUAUAUAUGUAUGUGGGCAGUGUAUAUAUGGUUGUGCAUUGUAUAUUUAUAUAUGGGUGGGCAGUGUAUGUAUAUGGGUGGGGGGUAAGUGUGUAUGUGUGUAUAUAUAGGUGGGCAGUGUAUAUAUGGGUGGAUAGUUAUAUAUAUAUAUAUAUAUGGGUGGGCAGUGUAUAUAUAUAUAUAUAUAUAUAUAUUAUAUAUAUGGGUGGAUAGUGUGUAUAUAUAUAUGGGUGGGCAGUGUAUAUGUAUAUGGGUGGGCAGUGUAUAUAUAUAUAUAUAUAUAUAUAUAUAUAUAUAUGGGUGUAUAGUGUAUAUAUAUAUAUAUGGGUGGAUAGUGUAUAUAUGGGUGGGCAGUGUAUAUAUAUAUAUAUAUAUAUAUAUAUAUGGGUGGGCAGUGUGUAUAUAUAUAUAUAUAUAUAUAUAUAUAUAUAUAUAUAUAUAUGGGUGGGUAGUGUAUGUAUAUGGGUGGGCAGUAUAUAUAUAUAUGGGUGGAUAGUGUAUGUAUAUGGGUGGGCAGUAUAUAUAUAUGGGUGGAUAGUGUAUGUAUAUGGGUGGAGGGAAGUGUGUAUGUGUGUAUAUAUGGGGGGCAGUGUGUGUAUUGGCCUGCUUACCUGUACAAUGUGAUGGUUUUUGGUUUUCUCCCUCUAUCUUCCUGCAGCAGCAGUGGGGCAGACAGGCUCCUCUUCUCACCCUCCAUCCAUGCUGUAUGUGUGCUCCAUGUGAGAGGGAAGCAGGGGGUGUGAUGUCACUUCCUGCCCCGCGUCCCAUCCUCACAUAGAGCGCUGCAGGAAGAGAGAGGAGACCUGGCAGUGAGAGGUGUGCUGCCAGGUCUCACACUGAAUGGGGGGGUGGGGGGGGUAUUUGCAGAUUUAUGGGUUGCAGGGGCCCUUCGACUCAUUAUUGGCCCCUGCAACCUUCUUACAGCACUUUUUUUUUUUUGCAUAACUUCUGCUGUGGAGAUCUCUGAUCUGAUCUCUACAGCUGGAGCAUGACUGUGCUGCCGGGCCCCCUGACUGCCUCGGGCCCUCGGUCCAUGACCGAUCUGCCCGACCUGUCUACUAAAAAAGACUGUACAUACUUUUGCAAAUGGUAUGCCAUCAUGGGGGUAAUUCUUAUUCCUGGGCUACCAUACAGUCCCAAAGGCAACAUAACCACUCAGGCAGAUUUUUAUGUGGAAAAAAAGGAAAUUCAAGCCUUAUAUUUGACUCAGUAACUUUUGAAAACACCAUAAAACCUGUACAUUGGGGGUACUAUUAUACUCAGGAGACUUUGCCGAACACAAAUGUUAGUCUUUUAAAAUAGUAAAAUGUAUCACAGUCAAAGUACAUUUGUGUGAAAAAUGCAAAAAAAAUUAAUUUUUACUGACGAUAUUGUUGUGAUAUGUUUUACUGUUUUUAAAUGUUAAUAAUUGUGUACAUGUACAGGUUUUAUGGUGUCCUAGAAAGUUACAGGGUUAAAUAUAGGGCUUGCAAGCCAAAUUCUCUGGCAUUUCUGCCUGGGUUGUCGGGCAGGUAUUAAUAUAUAUGUAUAUUAAUAUCAAAAUACAGUUAGAACAAAUUAAAACUGGUAUAUAAUUUUUUUAAAUUUAUUUUUAUUAAAUUUUUUUCAUUUGUUUCAAUUUAUUGAUUAUUUUUAUUAUAUACCGUAUUUAUCGGCGUAUAACACGCACUUUUUCUCCCUGAAAAUAGGGGAGAAAUUGUGGACGCGUGUUAUACGCCGGUCCUUUAAAUACUGCAGCCGUCUGAGCGCUCUGUCAAGAGUGCUCAGGCGGCUGCAGUUGGUUCUCACCUCCCCAGGAGUUUCUGUUUCCUGUACCCGGUCGGACUGACAGGAAGGUGCACACUGAGCGUGCACCUUCCUAUCACUCCGGCCGGCCACCGCGGACGGCAGAGCAGCUCGGCCACGCUACAGGGGAGGGGGGUAAGAAGGGGGUAAGAAGAGGGGAGGGGGGUAAGAAGGGGAGGGGUAAGAAGGGGAGGGGGAGUAAGAGGGGGAUAAGAAGAGAGGGAAGUAAGAAGAGGGGUAAGAAGGGAGGGAGGUGGUAAGAAGGGGGAGUAAGAAGGGGGGUAAGAGAGGGGGAGGGGGUAAGAAGGGGGAUAAGAGUUCUUUAUUUGAAAUUUAAAAGGACCACUCUAGGCACCCAGACCACUUCAGCUUGAAGUGUGGUCUGGGUGCCAAGGUCCCUAGAGUUAACCACUUCUUUUUUUUUAUAAACAUAGCAGUUUCAAGAGAAACUUCCCUUUAUGUUUAUCUUUAAUCAGCCUCAGAGCCUCUAGUGGCUGUCUCAUUGACAGCCGGUAGAAACUGCGUCUUCUCACUGUGAAAAUCACGGUGAGAGCGUACAGGAGGAGUCCCAUAGGAAGCAUUGUAAAUGCUUUCCUAUGCAUUUGACUUCGAAUACGCGUCAUUCAGCCGAUGACGUCGCGAGCAAGGAGGAGGAGUACAGCUCCCCGCCCGGCGCUGGAGAAAGGUAAGUGUUUAACCCCUUCCUCUCUCCAGAGCCCGGCGGGAGGGGGUCCCUGAGGGUGGGGGCACCCUCAGGGCACUAUAGUGCCAGGAAAACGAGUAUGUUUUCCUGGCACUAUAGUGGUCCUUUAAGUUUUUUUUCCCUGAAAUUUCCUUCUUAAAAUGAGGUGCGUGUUAUACGCCGGUGCGUGUUAUACGCCGAUAAAUACGGUGUAUAUAUAUAUAUAUAUACACACAAAAAUUAACGUCAUUCUAAGUGUUUUUUAAUAUCAAUAUAUAUAAUUAUAUAUUUUAAUAUUAAAUACACUUUUAUUAAUGAUGAAUGUAUGUGUAUAUAAAAGUACUUAGAUUAUAUAUACAUGAUAUAUAUACCCCAGGAUCGCGACCCGGUAAGUACAAAGGACGUUGGGGAUGUUUUAUGCCGCCUGCCGGUGUUUAGGACCGCAUAAAAGAGAAAGGCAUAGAACGCCUGCCAUCCUUAGGGGGUUAAAACAGCAGUUACAAAAAAAAUAAAAAAUAAUUUGACUCAUAAGCCAUCCUGGGGUAUAUAUAUACCCCAGGAUCGCGCCUGCCGUCGGGGGAACAGCGGGGACCCGGUAAGUACAAAGGACGUUGGGGAUGUUCUAUGCCGCCUGCCGGCAUUUAGCUCCGCAUAAAAAAGAAAGGCAUAGAACGUCCGCCAUCCUUAAGGGGUUAAAACAGCAGUUACAAAAAAUAUAUAUAUUUUGACUCAUAAGCCAGAAAAAAAAUCUAUCCUAUUUACAGGCACAUUGAGGGAUUACAUGGUUAUGUCUCCCCUACAGGAAAAUGGGGCGGUCUAUUCACCAGACAUCCCUUGGUCAAUAGUGAGGUCUAGGGUCCCUCUUUUUAUUUUAUUGUUAUACAACAGAGGUGCUCAAAAGGUAGAUCCCAAUAUGUUUUAAAACUACAGCUUGCCUGAUGUAUUGUCAUUCUAAAGGCAUGCAAAGAAUCAUCGAGGCAUCUACCUUUUAGGCACCCCUGUUAUACAACAUCUGUAAGAGACAGUCUGCUCUCUUGUUACAUGCUGAAGUCUCGCAGGCACCACACCUGUUUAUUUUUUUAAUACGUUUUAUUUCCCUUUCACCACCACAGAAGAGAGAAGUGUAUUGCACUUUCAGUCAAUUGUCAUACAGCAUGCUUUCUUUCAGAAAAAUUACAAUAUCUCUUGACAGACAAUGGCAAUUAUUUGGAGUAACAGUGGCUCCUACUCUGUCUGGUGAUUCAAUUAAUGGUGAACAUGGAGUAGUAUUUGUUGCAAAAACAGUAUGGCACUGCAAAAAAUACUUGUACUUUAAAUAAUUGUAAUUUUUUUUCAGGGUAUGGAUGUGCAGACUGAUCCAGUGUAUGAUACCAGUGGGUAUGGACCUCAAACUCCCAACAUCUCAUUUUCUGGAUAUGGGAUUUGUCAUUUCCCAGAUGGAAUAGUAACUAGCGUAAGCCACUCUCAGAAUUAUGAUCGUCCUUACAUGGAUACAGUAACAAUGGAACAGCAACAUUUGCCAUCUUUGCCUCUGGACCCAACAUUUGGUCCUACCGCUUAUACCGGCAUGCUAAUCUCCUCAAGCCUUACUCAAGUAGAUGCAAAUGCACAUUACCCGCCAAAGAAUGUACCUGUGGGUGGGCUGUUCAAUACACCAGCAAUGGGCAUGGCAAUGACAUAUGUUCAGCGUUUGAAUCAGGUUUGUAAGGGCCAAGAUGACAUUGAAUCAGAUUCAGGAUUGUCACUAAACUUCAGUGAUGGGGAAUCCACAGAAUUAGACCACAUGGAACCACAAAGACUACAGUCAGAAUAUUUGGAUAUGAUUCCUCCGUUGGCCUAUCAAGACCAGUAUGGAUUAAUGCCAACAGUCUCACAGCCUUUUAUAAAUCACAUCUCAGAAAUGUGCUCAUAUGAUACAUCUCAAACUCAAGAACUGGUAUGCAGUCGAGAUGAAAGAAGAGCAGCAGCUAUGAAUAUUCCAUUUCCCACCGAAAGGAUUGUUAAUUUGCCUGUAGAGGACUUCAAUGAACUUCUUUCUCGUUUCACUUUGACAGAACCACAGUUGGCACUAGUUAAAGACAUACGCAGACGGGGGAAAAAUAAAGUCGCUGCUCAAAACUGUCGUAAGCGAAAGAUGGAAACCAUAGCCAUUCUGGAGAAAGAGAUAUGGCAGCUGAGGACAGAACGUGAAGGACUGCGACGGGAACAAGAGGAGGUAGGAAGGAUAAUGGGUGAUCUGAAAAAGAAUCUGGAGCUUCUUGAGCAACAGGUGGUUAGUGUUUUACAAGAUCAGGAAGACCAUCCUUGUCCAGUUGACGACUUCUUACUCAAGCAGGCGUAUGAGAGUAAUCUAUUCCCUGCUCCUUUAUCAAAGGAGACCAGAGCCUAAUAGACUCUUUCACUGGUCAGUUGUUGCUACAGCAGUGAGACCAGCUGGCUUGGAAAACAAAAGCCAAGUAGCAACAAGACAUUACACAGCAUGUUAUUUAUUGAAGCAAUAGUAUCAGCAAAAAAUGGCUGCAAUAACAACAUAUUACAUAUGCAAAGUGGAUGCCAAAUCUAUCUACUGCACGGACAGUAACUUAUCAAAUGCUGCAAAAAAAAAACUGUGUAUGCUACAAAACAUGAUAUUGAAUCGCCAUAUAGUGAACAAAAUUAAUCUAUAUAUUGUGCAUGCUAAAUUGCUAGCAGAUUUAUAAAACACUUUACUUUUGGAUUCUACGUUAUUGGCAUAGAUUUAAAAACUUCAAAAAACAAGGAAAGUGGGCAACAAGGUCUGCAAAUGUGGGUACAUGAACCUUUCCCUAAAUGCUUUUGUCUUCAAAACACUGAUUUAAGUGGGAUUAUAUGUUAUAUACAAUUUCACAGACUGAAUGUGUCUCCUUGCUAUAAAGACCUCAUGUUUAUAAUCUGCAACCAUUGCCAAUUUUAUUUUUCACCAAUUGAUUUAUUGUAUCCAAUCAAUUGGAAAGUCUGUUUGACAUGCAACCUCUAUGCAAGCAUUUCAAUUUACGACAAUGUACUAAAUGUCAAACUUGUCCCAGUGUGUUGUAUGCAUUAAUCAUUGAGAAAAGAUCUUUUGCGUCCCUCUAGUUUCUUCUUGUAUAUAUGAGAGAGACAGAUGCUACACCUAUAUAUACAAAUAUCUACAUCUAGGAAUAAUAAAAAGUGGUGGGAUAUGUUGUAGUCUACCUUUGGAAGGCAGGGCCAGACUGACCCACUGGGUUGUGGGGAAUAAUAAUUUAUUUAAAUAAUUUUGCCCCUUGGACUGUGACAGUCUGAGGGAAUUAAAGAGGGAAGUGGUGGGGGCUGGUGCUGCCAUAUUAGGGCUGUCGGAGGAAGCAUUAUAAAACUCCCUCCAGCAGCUUUUUUUUGCCUCUUCUGUUCCACCCCCACACUCUAGUUCCACAGCUGAUCUUGCCGGCAAAAGGCUGGAAAAGCUGCCUUCUGGUGCUCCAACUGCAUUUAAUGCCAGGUAGGCUUCAAAUACUCAGCAGCCCAUGAUUGAGACUGAUCUUGUGUUUGUAUGUAUGUGUCAGUGAUCUUGUCUGUAGUACGUUUGUGUUAGUGAGCUUGUCUGUAGAGAGAAUGUGUGUGUGUCAGUGAGCUUAUUUGAGGUGAGCUUGCCUGUGACUGUGAGCUUGCCUGUAGUGAGCAUGUGUGUCAAUAAACUUGUCUGUAGUAAGCAUGUGUAUGAGUGUCAGUGAGCUUGUUUGUGUCAUUUUUUAUAUAUAUAUAUAUAUAUAUAUAUAUAUAUACACACACACACACACACGAUCGACCGAUUAUCGGUUUUACCGAUAUCGGACGAUAUUCUGUAUUUUUGGCAAUAUCGGUAUCGGCCAAUAUAGAUGCCGAUAUUGCCGAUAAUACCUCCCAAGACCGCCGGGCUCAUUACAUGGAGGGCCCGUAGCAAGCUGUUACUUACCUUUCCAGCAGCUCUCUUCUGCUCCCUGUGUAAAUCUCUUGGUCUGCAUGCAGUGCGGGACUCGUGAGAUUUAGACAGGGAGCGGAAGAGAGCACACUACACACAAACACACACUCUGCACUUACUAUAUACACACACACUACACAAACACCCUGCAUUCACUACAUUAUACAUACACACUACACAAACACACCCUGCAUUCAUUAUAUACACACUACACAAAUACACACUGCAUCCACCAGACAAACACACACAGCUCACCUGUCUAAACACACUGCAUCCACUACAUGUGGCAUGUAUAUUUUGUGCAUUUACCUUAAGAAAUAGUUUAUUUUUUCAAAAUGGUAAAUGUACAGAAUAUCGGCAAGUUAUCGGCUAACUGCCUGAAAGUUCACAGAUUAUCGGUAUUGGCUCAAAAAAAAUCAAUAUCGCUCGAUCCCUAACACAUACAUAUGUAUACCUGAGGUACAUCACUAAGUUUAGAGCUCCAGAGGUUUUGUUGCCUAAGAGGUGCACAAAUGUCUACUGUCUAGAUCAGGGGUGCCCAAACUUUUUUCAAAGAGGGCCAGAUUUGAUUAAGUGAACAUGCGUGAGGGCCAACCAUUUUGCCUGACAUUCUUCGAACCAUUAAAAGUUAAUGCAAAGGAACUAUUUUAUGCAAAGUUUAUUGCAAGCGGCAUACUUUUCAUUUCAUCUCUUUGUUCUGUCCCUUCUCUCUCUUAUUCUGUCUCUCUUUAUUAUGUCCAUUCAUUCUGUCCCUUCUCGCUUUUAUUGUCCCUUUUCUCUUUUAUGCUGUCCCUUCUCGCUUUUAUUCUGCCCCUUCAUUCUCUGCCUCCAGGGAGAAGGAACCAAAUCCUCCGACGUCCAAGAGACCGCAAGAACUCAGACUGAAGACAAGCAGUGAUUGCACGUCCGUCUGCGUUCUCGCAAUCUCUUGGCCCCCAGUGAAUCCCCGCGUGCCGCUCAGGAUUGCGGCAUUCAAGGAUCCUGAGUAGCGCUCGGUAAUUCAUUGUGGGCCACAACAGGUAGGAUUAGCCAAAUAACCUGUGAGGCUGUAUUAAACCGGAACGUGGGCCGGACUUUGGACAUGACUGGUCUAGAGCCUAUAUCUUGAAAAGGCUCUAUACCAUGUGGGUUCCUCAUAUAAGUGUUAUAUGUAGAUCAUCCAACAAGACAAUAUUACCCUACUGAAUUUUCUCUUUUUAUACAUGGUACACCCCUACAAAUUUGUUUAAAGUGGUGUCUGUAUCUAUCACUUUUGUAUCGCUGCUUACUCCUACUGUUGGGAGGUGGGUUAUAUUAUCUCAACGUGGGGAUAAUCUUUAUUUUCCAUAACAACCUUAUUGAUAUCAAGUUGUUAUAGUUUUCCUUUAAAUCCUAAAUGGCAGACAAUUUAACAGUGAGGCUCCAGAAGCAUGGGCUUUACACCAUAACAACUUAAAGGACAACUGUAACUUCCUAGUUUUUUUUUUUUUAAAUUAUGUUUACUUAUCACUAUAAAUAGUAUAUUUUAUCAACAUCUAACAUCUUAAAGAUAUUUAACAGGGUGUUCAUAUGUGAAUUGCACGCAUAACUACUACACUAAAUUGCCAUGGAAACAAAAUAUUUUGUCACUGUAAUCAAUGUGAAUUAAGAGGAGUAAAAAUAAUAGCUACAUGCAUAAAGAGAAAUAAAAAAAUAACUAUUGUAAAGUAAUAGAUCUAGCGAUAUAACUAUUUCACGCUUUAGUGAUACCAGCCAAAUUAUCCCCAAUUCCGUAAUGAACAUAAAUAUUACAUAAGGUUAAGGUGUAUCAGUCCUUUAAUAUACUCCGCCAAAAUACUGAUAGUCCUAUUAGCCUAAAUUGUUCAACUUAGUUACCAGUUUUCGAAAGAUUUACUCCUAAGUGCACUAAAUUAUUCUAGCACGCCAGUUAACUUUGUAAGGGGUUUCACUAUAGUUUGGAGUUCCUUAUUACACAUUGGGCACUGGUUUGGGAUUUUUUUUUCCUUUCUAUUAUCUUCAUUGAUAAAGCUGCAGGUGGCCACAAGAUAUAUAUGUGAACAGCCACACACACACACACACAUCUUCAGUUAUAUUUAUCAGUGAAUAAACAUUGAGCGCAUCUGUCCCUACUUAACGCCAGAUGCGACUAAGGUGUUGGUCCAUUCCACUGUCCUUUCUCGCCUUGACUACUGUAAUCUGCUUCUCAGUGGUCUUACGUGCUCCUUACAGUCCAUAAUGAAUGCGAGGCUCAUCUCCCUGUCUACCCGCACCUCCCAUGCCUCACCCAUCUGUCGUUCCUACAUUGGCUUCCUAUAAAAUAUAGAGUUCAAUUUAAAAUUCUGGUUCUUGCUUUCAAAUAUCUACAUAAUGCUGCUCCCACCUAUCUAUCCUCCCUUAUACACAAGUAUGUCCAGUCUAGGCCCUUACGAUCUCAUGUCCGCACUCCCACCUCUGAUGCCCCCUUCAAGAUUUCUCGAGGGCUGCGCCGUUCCUGUGGAACUCACUUCCCUCCUUCGUUAGAUGCUCACCCAGUCUCCACUCCUUCAAAAAAAUCGUUAAAAACCCACUUCUUCAUAAAAGCAUAUCAAUUAAACUCUUAUUGGCUCCCGACUGAUUCCUCUUCUGCAAGUCUAAUACUAUCCUUACCUUUUUGUGUAAUUUUACCCCACUCCCUCUAGCAUAUAAGCUCAACCCCUCUGUUCCUGUGUCUCCAACUUGUCUGGUUACAACUACGUCCGCCCACCCAUUGUAAAGCGCUGUGGAAUUUGAUGGCGUUAUAUAAAUAUCAUAAUAUAUACGCUCAGAUUGAACACUCAGGGCCCCUUCCGUGAUGGAAGCAGCUGCUUACAUAUUUUGAGAAUUCUCCCCCUAAAGACACACUUUAGUUUUAGGAACUCAAAUUUUCAUUCUUAAUGCUACAGUGUACCUCUCCCUAGAACUAAACAGAUUCUUCCCCUGGAAAAAGAUAAAUAAAUUUAAGUUUUACGUUCCUUACUCCAGUACUAAGGCCGCCAAGACACCAGUUUCUUCAGUCGGGAUUGGUUACGCUCCUGUUUGUAAACAACCCUUUGCUUACUUGUGCCACCACAGCAGUCCCAUGCCGGUACGCUGCGACCAGUCUGCUGUGUCAUUUAAAGUUUAUAGCCAGAUACGUCUCAUAUGUCCAAAAUGAUUAAGCAAUUGCUUGCAAGCAUAGUGUAUUUUCUUAUACAUAGCUAACAUACUUUCACAUUAAUUGUGUAAUUUAAAGAGCUACUUAAAAUUCAUGGCCUGUAGGGAAUAUAUAUAAAAUUAAAAAAGCCAGACAUGUCUUCUCAAAUGUAUUUAUUAAAGAAUAGAAGAUUACACUUUAUUCUCAACUGAAAAAAAAGAUUAACCACCCUAGAAAGAUCAAAAGAGUAAUCCUAUAACAAAUAAUGGCAGUUUUGUUACAGUAUAAGGUCAUAUAUUGCAUAAGCCUGCCACAAUGCCACUGUACCCCAUUUUUGGCAGGUUCUAUCCUAGCAACCUAAUGACUGCUCUUAUGAGAUCAACCUACUUACUUGGGAAAUCAUUCCAUUUGGGGAGCUGGACGCAAGUCUCUUUUCAGCUAUGUAAUUUACACAUCAAAUCAGGAAUGCUGCAGUUUUAUUUUAUAGGAUUGGACCUGCAAAAAAUUAGGUAUGUUGGCAUCGUAGCAGACUUAUGCAAUUUAUCAUAUUUUUUGUCAGGUAUUAAAAAAAAUAAUAAAACAUUCUGUAAGCUUGAAAGUUGCUUAGUGAAUGAGUGUGCUGGUUGUUUGUUUUAUGAAUUGGUACCAGCAGCACACUUAAAAUGUAUGCAUGCUCAGGUAAGUGCAGCCAACUUGGUUUCAUGUGUGCGUGUGUAAUGUAUGCAUUUACAUAUACACACACAAAACCAUCUGCCUAAUCUUUUAAGUCCUACAAGUUGCGAGGUUGGACCACCAUACAUCUGAUUUGUUGUUUCAGCACAUCCCACAAAGGCUCAAUCAGUUUGAGAUCUGGGGAGUUCAGAGGCAAAGGCAACACCUUUAACUCUCAUAUUACUCAAGCCAUUCCCUCAUAUUUUUUGCAAUAUGCAUUAUCUUGCUGAAAUACAGCACUGCCAUGUAUAUGUAGUCUACAACAAUCUCUAGGUAUGUGGUACGUGUCAAAGUAACAACCACAUAAAUGCAAAGAAACAAUAUUUCCCAGCAUAAUAGUGCCUCUGCUUGGCCUGUCUUCUUUCCAUAGUGCCAUCUCUUAUCUAGCUAAACGACACACAGCUAUCUACCAGAACAGGCACCCUUUCAUUCUCUAUGAUUUAAUUCUGACACUCAUGUCUCAGAACCUAUCUAGGAGUGAAGGGGUGGACAUCAAACCAGAAAAGGGGCAUGUCCACAUGGUGUGCAUACUGUACACACCAAGUUUCCUGUCCACCACUCAAGCUAGACUUUUGAAGGCAAAAUAUGCACCCUGAACGAUACAUUCAUGCUAUGAUUGUUGGGGAUAGUUUCCUGGUGUCCACAUAAGACAGGACAAGACCCAGAUGCCAGUUCCCCACUUUUGGUAGGUGCAAACGCAUUGCAUAGGAAAGCCUUGAAUCAAUACAGAGAGUGAAGACGUAUAGCGUCAGUUAACAAACCAAAAUGUCUGUUAAGAUUCACGAAGCACGACUUAAUGCAGCAAUAUGAAAUAUUGCAGUUCCAAAGGAACUGUAAUGUUUGCAUUGCAACACUCCGUGCAAUAGACACACUGCACACAGACCACUUCAAUGAGGUGAAGUAGUCUGGGUGCCUAUAGUGUCCCUUUACGCAGAACACUAAGAAAGCAUGAAUUAAAUGCUUCCCUAUGGGUUAAGUCUAAAGUGUCCCCCCCCACCAGGCUGAUGCCAGCACUGGAAUCAAGUAACCGUCUGUGCCCCCAUCCAUGAACGGGUUUAACAAAAACAGAGGGACACUUUAGGAUUAGGAAUACACCUAAAGUGUACCUUUAAGCCUGGAUAUUUUUCAAGCUUUUUUUUUUUUAUCUGAUCACAAGAUAUUAAUGAAUGCCUUCAUUUUAAAAUAAAGUUUAAAGUUCCUUUAAAAAAAAUUCCCAAGUCAUUCAAGAUCAACGCCUUCUGUUUUGUUUGUAGGUCCAUACAUCUUGCUUGAAGAGCCUCAUUAUCCUAACGGACGAUUCCUGUUAAGACAACUUACCUUCACAGUUAUUGACACAAAAGUAUGCAAAUAAGUUUUAACACGAAACUUGCGUUCAGAUGACUGGAGCUUUAGUGGACAGCAUUCCAAAAUCUGGAGGGGGAAUAUAAAAAAAAAUAAAAAAAAAAAAAAAUUGUGGUAGUUUUUAUUCCCCCUGCAUCACUUACAAUAAAACCCUAAAUAUGCAACAUUUACCUCACUACUUUUAUCCAGGUAGGCAGAAGUCUGAAGAGUGUGAAACUACAUCUAAGCUAUGCAACAGCUGCACAACCUCCUGUAAUAAAAAAAAAAGUACAAAAAGUUUAGAGCAAUGCAAGAAGGAAGAGUUCAGUUAAAAUUUCAUAAAACAGACAAUAUCUUCUAGCUUAUUUUAGGUCUGUCUGCUGCAAACUUUAAAAAUCUAAAACUACACACUGCAUAGAAUCUUGACUUUUUCUUACAUCAUGGUGCCUUGUAAGCUUCCAUAAUUGACUUUGUUUAAACUAUGAAACUAGACCAGUUAGCCUGGCAAUUUCUGUACAGAUUGCACAAGUAGAUUAAGUUAUCUGAUCAGUCUCAAAAGGAACACCCCUAACCACCAGAGCCAACUUCAGUUAUGGUCCCAUGAGUGCCCUCCCACUGCAAGUAGUCUAAAAUUUCCAAAAACUUACCUGGCACUCAGCACCUGCUUCCAGUAUCCUCCAGCAAGAGAAUCUGGCUUAGAUCUGUACCACUAACCAAGGCCAUAUAGAACUACACUCAAUGGCUGAGCCCACCAUCUGAGUGAGCUCAGCCUAUAAGCAGUCCUGUAUGAACAGAGUCUCUCUACAGAAACCCCAAAUUCUCCUGCAGGGGGAAAAGGUAGCCAAGUAUACCAAAAAUCUGUUUUUACAGUGGACGAUGCAGGGGCACACCUGCCACUAUAAAGGGCUGUAGUGGUUAUGGUGCCUUGAGUUCCUUUGAAGUGAAAAGUAAUUAAAAAAAAUCUGCUUCACCUUAUUUACAGAAUACCAAAUCCUUGGUACCAGAGCUACCAAGUACUACAUUUAUAUUGGUUUUCAUCCAGUAAGAAGACCUGGCUGCUGCCUAUCCAUCAUUAUACGCACAAAAUGAAACUCCAAGCACAAAAUGUUAAAUUAAGCACAAAAAUCACAAUAAAAUCUGUUCUUACCUACUAUCAAGGUUACAAAACUGUCACUUCUGGCUCGAACUGCCUGCUAGGCUUAAAUUGAAGACUCUUUACUUGUCUGACUCCUUCCGCUGGUUCUGCCGAAUGCCAUUUAUCUUGCUAGCCGUAAAGUGCAUAUACCUUUUUACUUGAUUCUUGGCUACUGUUAGGUGAGCAUUGCCUGGUCUGAGCUGUGAAAGAAGUCUAAUAUCCACUUUAUCGUUUAGCUAGACUUGACUUUGCUCCUAACUGUCUUCAUCCUCAGAAGGACCAUACUAAGUGUGUGAGGGAAGGGAGAAUAGAGAAAUAAAUCCCUGGACCCAAACAAAAAGGCCCAUUUUAUCAGGAAUUUCAGGCAGCAUUUGCCUUUACAGCUUCUGGCCUAGUCACCAUGUCUUGUAGGCAAAUAUUUUAGCCCUCUCCCACCUCUUGCAGUAUUAUGCAUCUCAAGACACUGCCUUCAGUCUCACCUCCAUUUGAAUGCUUAUUUCUGUACCUGAACACGUGCCACAGCAUUACAAGGUCACCCUGUUAAUGUCCUGCAAAGUUUCAGAGAUCAGGAAGCAGAACAAAAACUACUUCUGGGAUUUGUGGUUGGCCAGAGAUGCCAACAAUGCAAGAAAUUUUUAGAGGGCACUACAUUGCAAACAUUUAACAUUGCAACUUCAGACAAUGCUGCACUCAAGACAGUGGCUUUGUGCAAGCAGGUCUAGUUAAUGCAAUAUUGGGUGUCAGAAAGGUAUUCAUCUACAAUAAGUAAAUACCCUCAGCUUCCAGUCAUGCUGCCAUUUGUUCCAAGCCACUAUUACAAUACCUAGGGUUUGUUAUUACAGCUAAAUCUAAAAUUAGCUCUCAAAAAAAAAAAAAAAAAAAGAAAUGAAGACUACACUGCCCACAUGGGCAAAGACUUAGAAAUCACUAUUGAUUAUAUACCCCAAUGAUUACAUGCAUGUACCCAGGUGGGAGAAAAAUAUAUAUAAAAUUUUCCAUUCCUUUCCCCACAGAGUACAUGUACUUACAGCAUCCCGGUUUGAGGUAUGCAUGGGGACAGUUGGGGAAAGCAGGUAGGAUAAAAUAGAUUGAGUGCUGCCUUUAUUAGCUCAGGGGAAGCUCUCCUGGCUGCAUGUUUAACUUCUAAAACUAAGAAUUUUUAACAGAAAAUCUGCACUUUAAGAAAUCAUGUGAUAGUCUUCACUCAGGGCACUUCAGCAAGCUCAAGUAUAUUGUGUGGAGAGGUCCUUUAAAAUACCUGGAGCCAGCACAACUUUUCACUAAACUGAGGAUUUAGAGUGAAUUUUAAGAUUUACACCAAAAUAGGCAAGUGGUCAAGCAGGUUUUGAAAAGUGGAGUCUUCCACAACCUGCUCCCCAAACAAUGUCUGAUGCAAGUAUGUCUAUGGCUGAAGGACCUGGUCAUACACAAAAGGCUAGGGAAUAAGGAUUUUCAUAUUUAUAGGAAUUGAGUGUUUAAAAUUUCAUGUUGAAUUCUCACUUUAGUGAAUAGCCCAGUUAAUGUCUGACAAGCUUCACUUGACCAGUUCCAAGAUGGCAAAGUCUCAAAUAGAUAAGAGGAAGUGACUUUCCAUGUGUGCCUACCACUUAAGUACAUUUUCAAUAAAUGGCCAUUUUGCCAAGAUAAAUAUACUAUUUGAUGCCCACACUAAGGAUUGAUAACCAGGUGUAUAAAAAACAUUUAUUAAAUGUCAUGAUCCAGUUUGUACAGUCCUUUACCAACACAACUGCAGGAAAAUAAAAAUCCUAUAUAUUAAAAAAAACAAAAACUCAGUCCUUAGGAAUGUUUUACACUUCAACAUAAGCUUAGUCUUCAUACAAUUAGUCACGCAUAGUCCUGUGUGUUUUCCUCACACGUUAAAAAGAUUCACUAACAUUUCUUCAUGCAGCAGCUAUGCCCUGCUACAACUGUGCUUGGCUGAAUUCAACUUUUGUAGUAACCUGUCGCUUGCCUGGCUCUCCUCUCCUGCUAAGCAUUGCUUCCUGUUGAAUA